AGCGCAGGGAUGUUGCUGUGCGUUUUCCUCUCCUCAGGGCACCUCCGUUAGCUGGGGCCAAGCUGCCCGCUCCUUUCACCCCUUCAGGGUGCUUGCCCCGCCCCGGCCUGGCCCGUGUGUUAAGGCUCCGGCUUCUCGGGCACCUCCACCCUAGAGCCUCCGACCGGCCGCCGAAGCAGCCCCGACGAGUCUCCUCCCCUCAGCCGUCAGACUCCCCUCCUCAGUCUUUAGUCCCCUCAUAUUCCAUCCUUUCACCCCGCUUGGAAAGGGCCCGGAGAGAAUUUGCCCCCCCACUCCCCGAGAAGACCCCCUUACCAGCCUGUGUUUCGGGGCGGCGGGCGCUGCGAGGAGGCCUGGCGCCCUUUUGUGCACGUUUGGUGCCCAGCAGUAUCUCCCAGACCAGCAACCCCCGACCCUCCAGUCUCCACGUCUUAGAGAAGCCAAAAUCGAGAGUUAUAUAAUUUCUAGUGCUGCUGUUUCUCCUGCCUGAGGAAACACUUCAACGCGUGGAGGGAGCAGGACAUUUCUGUGCUCUUCUGUAUAAGAGCGGGGUGUGGGAAGGGGUGGCCAGCGGUAGCAGAGAGAUUUCUUGUCUUUUCUGCAAAAGGAAGGUGGGUAGUUUGGAGAGAGACUGAGAGAAAAAGGGUGGAUGUGGAAGCCAAGCAGCCGAACUCUCUCAUUUAGGAAACCGCGAACCGUUUGCACAGCUUAUGCUCACAUGCCUAAUACUACUACAGCGUCUCAGAAAACACCUUUGGGGGAAGGUUUGACUUCUGUCGAACAGCCUCAGUGCUUUUCCUCGCCGGAUAGGGAGCUGCUUGGAUGCGAAGAGAUGGCAUGAUGUGAAUGAUCCAGUGUGAAGAAAUCUUCGCCAACUCAUCCUGCAUCAAGUGCCCAUUGAGUAGCACUGUCACUUUAAUGUCUCCAUGCCAAGGGAUUGCUUUCCUUCUUUUCAAUCCUCUCGGUUAAUACAUGGGAGGAUCAGACUCAGAGGGGCAUUAAGGAUCAAGCCUGAGGGGCUUGGAGAGCGCAGAAGAAAAAAAAUGAAAGUGACAGCAAGCUGGAUCCUGUCUUACUGAGGGGCUGGAUCUAAUUGAGACCUGAAAAGAGAUCUUGAAUCCUGUGGCAGUGGAAAGACCCAAGAAUGCCAGUCAGGAAGAAAGAUACUGACCGAGCUUUAUCGUUACUGGAAGAAUACUGCAAAAAAUUAAGGAAACCGGAGGAGCAGCAGUUGAAAGAUGCUGUUAAAAAGGUGAUGGGUAUCUUUAAGAGCAGCUUAUUCCAAGCUUUGCUAGAUAUUCAAGAAUUUUAUGAGGUGACAUUGCUAAAUUCUCAAAAAAGUUGUGAGCAGAAGAUAGAAGAAGCCAACCAAAUUGCACAGAAAUGGGAGAAGACAUCCCUUCUUGCUCCAUGCCAUAACCUUCAAAAGUCUGCAGAGCAAAACCAAGGCAAGUGCCCAGCCCAGAAUUGUUCAGUGGAAGCCCCUGCUUGGAUGCCUGUUCACCACUGUACUAAGUAUCGCUAUCAAGAUGAGGACGCUCCACAUGAUCAUUCCUUACCUCGACUGACGCACGAAGUAAGAGGCCCUGAACUUGUGCACGUAUCGGAAAAGAACCUGUCGCAAAUAGAAAAUGUCCAUGGAUACGUCUUGCAGUCUCACAUCUCUCCUCUGAAGGCCAGCCCUGCUCCUAUAAUUGUCAACACAGAUACUUUGGACACGAUUCCUUAUGUCAAUGGGACAGAAAUUGAAUAUGAGUUUGAAGAAAUUACAUUGGAGAGGGGAAAUUCUGGCCUGGGAUUCAGUAUUGCUGGAGGGACAGAUAAUCCCCACAUUGGAGAUGACCCUGGCAUAUUUAUUACGAAGAUUAUACCGGGAGGUGCUGCGGCAGAGGAUGGUAGACUCAGGGUCAAUGAUUGUAUCUUACGGGUGAACGAGGUGGACGUGUCAGAGGUUUCCCACAGUAAAGCGGUGGAAGCGCUCAAAGAAGCAGGGUCUAUCGUUCGGCUGUACGUGCGCCGAAGACGACCCAUUUUGGAGACUGUUGUAGAAAUCAAACUGUUCAAAGGCCCUAAAGGUUUAGGCUUCAGUAUUGCAGGAGGUGUGGGGAACCAACACAUUCCUGGAGACAACAGCAUUUAUGUAACUAAAAUUAUAGAUGGAGGAGCUGCACAGAAAGAUGGAAGGUUGCAAGUAGGAGACAGACUACUCAUGGUAAACAACUACAGUUUAGAAGAAGUAACACAUGAAGAGGCAGUAGCAAUAUUGAAGAACACAUCAGAUGUAGUUUAUCUAAAAGUUGGCAAACCCACCACCAUUUAUAUGACUGAUCCUUAUGGUCCACCUGAUAUUACUCACUCUUAUUCUCCACCGAUGGAAAACCAUCUACUCUCUGGCAACAAUGGCACUUUAGAAUACAAAACCUCCCUGCCGCCCAUCUCUCCAGGAAGGUACUCACCAAUUCCAAAGCACAUGCUUGUUGAAGACGAUUAUACCAGGCCUCCGGAACCUGUUUACAGCACUGUGAACAAACUGUGUGAUAAGCCUGCUUCCCCCAGGCACUAUUCCCCCAUUGAGUGUGACAAAAGCUUCCUUCUCUCAGCUCCCUACCCCCACUACCACCUAGGCCUGCUCCCUGACUCUGAGAUGACCAGUCAUUCCCAACACAGCACUGCAACCCGCCAGCCUUCAGUGACUCUCCAACGGGCCAUCUCCCUGGAAGGGGAGCCCCGCAAGGUAGUCCUGCACAAAGGCUCCACUGGCCUGGGCUUCAACAUCGUGGGCGGGGAAGAUGGAGAAGGUAUUUUCGUAUCCUUCAUUCUGGCUGGUGGACCAGCAGACCUAAGUGGGGAGCUCCAGAGAGGAGACCAGAUCCUAUCUGUGAAUGGCAUUGACCUUCGUGGAGCAUCCCAUGAACAGGCUGCUGCAGCACUAAAGGGGGCUGGACAGACGGUGACGAUUAUAGCACAAUACCAACCUGAAGAUUACGCUCGAUUUGAGGCCAAAAUCCAUGACCUACGAGAGCAGAUGAUGAACCACAGCAUGAGCUCCGGGUCCGGGUCCCUGCGAACCAAUCAGAAACGCUCCCUCUAUGUCAGAGCCAUGUUUGACUACGACAAGAGCAAGGACAGUGGGCUGCCGAGUCAAGGACUUAGUUUUAAAUAUGGGGAUAUUCUCCAUGUCAUCAACGCCUCUGAUGAUGAAUGGUGGCAAGCCAGGAGGGUCACGCUGGAGGGUGACAGUGAGGAGAUGGGGGUCAUCCCCAGCAAGCGGAGGGUGGAAAGAAAGGAACGUGCCCGAUUGAAGACAGUGAAGUUUAAUGCAAAACCUGGAGUGAUUGAUUCAAAAGGGUCAUUCAAUGACAAGCGUAAAAAGAGCUUCAUCUUUUCACGAAAAUUCCCAUUCUACAAGAACAAGGAGCAGAGUGAGCAGGAAACCAGUGAUCCUGAACGAGGGCAGGAAGACUUCAUUCUUUCUUAUGAGCCUGUCACAAGGCAGGAAAUAAACUAUACCCGGCCAGUGAUUAUCCUGGGCCCCAUGAAGGAUCGGAUCAAUGAUGAUUUGAUAUCUGAAUUCCCUGACAAAUUUGGCUCCUGUGUGCCUCAUACUACGAGGCCAAAGCGUGACUACGAGGUGGAUGGCAGAGACUAUCACUUUGUCAUUUCCAGAGAACAAAUGGAGAAAGACAUCCAAGAGCACAAGUUUAUAGAAGCCGGCCAGUACAAUGACAACUUAUAUGGAACCAGUGUGCAGUCUGUGAGAUUUGUAGCAGAAAGGGGCAAACACUGUAUACUUGACGUAUCAGGAAAUGCUAUCAAGCGGUUACAAGUUGCCCAGCUCUAUCCCAUUGCCAUCUUCAUUAAACCCAAGUCUCUGGAACCUCUGAUGGAGAUGAAUAAGCGUUUAACAGAGGAACAAGCCAAGAAAACCUAUGACCGUGCAAUUAAGCUAGAACAAGAAUUCGGAGAAUAUUUUACAGCUAUUGUCCAAGGUGACACCUUGGAAGAUAUCUAUAACCAAUGCAAGCUUGUUAUUGAAGAGCAAUCUGGGCCUUUCAUCUGGAUUCCCUCAAAAGAGAAGUUAUAAAUUAGCUACUGCACCUCCAACAACGACAGAAGAGCAUUUAGAAGAACAAAAUAUAUAUAAUAUACUACUUGGAGGCUUUUAUGUUUUUGUUGCAUUUAUGUUUUUGCAGUCAAUGUGAAUUCUUAUGAAUGUACAACACAAACUGUGUGAAGCCAUGAAGGAAAAGGAGGGGCCAAAGGGUGGGACAGAAAAGACGUUGCAGUACGAGGGAAGGCUUUGGUUUGCUCAAAGUGCCAGGUGUAGGGACGAACCUCUGACGGGCUUUGUGCCCGAGAGAUGGGCAGCCUCCUCACCCAGCAGAUGUCCAGAGCUGAUGUAGCUUCAGAGCUCCCUGUGUUUUUUGCUUUAAAGAGAAGUUGCCAGCACUUGAACUUCACCAACCUUCCCAUUACCCACAUCUGUAAUUGGUACACUUCGAAUUUUAUAACUACACUUCCUUUGAUUUCUUAACAAGCAAAAGAAAGAACAAAGGAAAAAAAAAAAGGAGUCCCUUUGGCGAUGGCAUAAUAUCAGGGAAGGAUAAGUGUUUAGUUUCUUUUCCUGGCAUCUGCAAAGACGAGCAUUUCAUAAAAUUCGCAAGUGUGUGGAGGACUGACCUCACUGAGAGGAGGGGAUUCCACCUGGGGUUAGCUUUGUGAUUGUUUAUUGUCUCUUUUGCCAUUUAUAAACUGAAAGAAGGCACUAAAGAUGAGAAUAAUUUAUACAAUAAAAAUAUAUUAAAUGUAUAGAAACAAAUUUCUAUAGGUUAAAAAAGUUUUGUGAAAUAUUUUGUAAAGAUUAAUUAAUUGAAAGACUAAAUGUAUGCGCUAUCUGCAGAUGAUCCCAUUCAAGAACAGAAAGUUGCACUCUCCCUUUUGUUGCCAAGGAUGCAUUAAGAGCAUCUGAGUUCCUUCUGAAGCCUGACAAAUACUUCUCCCUCACUUACCUCCCACAGUCUCCCUUCCAUAUUAGUGACACACUCCCAUGGAGCACAUCCCUUAAUGAGUUGCCCUCAUGAAUAUUUUUGGAGGACGUUUGGUUAAUGCAUUUUUAAGCUGAUGGCUUUCAAACUCGUGCAGAUGAGGUAAAGGGAAGUUUUUUGCUUUUCUCUUGUUAAACACCCUGGGCCUGCCAUGCAAAUAGUUGAAUAAUGUUGUUCCUAGUCACUUACAUACAAUUCUUAAAGGAUCAUUUAGUAUUUUGGCCAUCAUGAAUAAUUAGGACUUUUUUUGUCUGUUUCACAAGUAACUGAGGGUUUUGUAAUAGCCAGAGAAGGUAUAGAGCCAUGGAGAGAUCUGUCCCAAGAUGCACUAUUUCUUUGAGGAAGAGAGAAGGAAAGUAUCUGGUUGGGGGUGAGGAGUGCAGACCUGUUUCUGUGUACCGGACAAAGAGAUAGAACCGUAAGGAAAGACUAUUAAUAACUUUGAGCUCAACCAAUUGAACCGCCUUUCUUGAGGGCUGCACCUGGACCAAGUUUAUUUUUUAGCAAUUUUAAUAAUGAUGAUUUAAAAAAAGAAACCUCCCGAAGCCUAUAUCCCACUUUAGAGCUGAUGGUGACAUCAGCAUUGCUUGUGCCCAAGGUGUUUAGAGAGACUUUUCAGUGAUCUCAGUAACUACUCAACUCUGGGUUGUAUGCAUGCCCAGACUAAGCCCCAUCGCCUUAUUUCUGGGGUACAUCCAGACCUGGCAGGGAUUCUGCCACACUGUGCAGCAAACCAGCAUGCAGGCUGGGAUGGGAGAGCAAGAGACAGCCAUCAGCAGUGAUGGGGCUUCUUCACAGUAAGAACAUCAGAGCUCAGAAUGAGGGUCUCUUUCCAAAAACAAGUGUUACUCAUGCUAAAAUACCACUAUCUGCCUGGCUGCAGUCAUCAAAACAAACGCAGAAAUGCAAAACCAUGCAUCUACCUAUAGUCUUGAGGCUGCCUUUACCAGUGGAAGGGCUAGCAAUGCAUUUUUUUCCCUCUGGUGAAAGUUAAAUUUCCUGAGACUUCCUUAGAGUGCUCAAAACGUCAAAGAUGUAUCCACGUCGGCAAUUCGCCAGUUUCAGGUCAAGGCCUAUUUUCGUCAAUCUUGCUCCCAGCAGUUUUCUGCCACCAGAAUGCCAUUCCUGAUCCCAGCUCUACUUUUAGGCCACCAUGAUAACUUCUUUGGUUUCUCAACUGAGCAUGCAACCAUUUAUUUAAAGGACUGUCAUUAAUGAAUAGAUGUUUCGCGAGUUGUGUGAUGUGCUUUCCAUUUACUAUUAAGUAUUGCUGUGGCUGAGUACAAUCAAAUUGAACCACCAACCCUUGGUUUUGUAGUAAUAUAAUUAUUUAUUUUCCUAGUGUGGAUGCUCCUGAUUAGAAUUGGCAUUUGCACUGAUUUUUUUAUGUAGAUUUAUAUAAAUAUAUAUAUACAUAUAUAUAUUUGCUUGAAGAAUCACCAAGCCAAUUGGUGAGAGGGUCUUUUCCUGUAGAAUUUACACCUCCAUUUGUUGUGUUGUCUUGCGCUUCCCAAUGUUGAGGUCUCUAUGGCUCCAAUGAACCUGUGUAUUUUGCAGCAAAUCUGACCACUUGUAUGGAAAUGGCAUGAAAGUUACCCAGAUUACAACUGGUGCAAAUGCACUUGGAGCCUGGGGCCAGACUGGUGCUAACACUGCAAACUUUGUCGAGAGCUCUCUCCAAUCUGAAGGCUUGCUGGGGGCGCAAUGUCACCUUCACAUGCUGGGCCCUUUCGGAAAAGUGCCAGAUCGUGUCACUGGUGCUAUUUUUCAUGCUCUGGUACAAUGUGUAGCACCACGGGGGUCUCAGCUUUACCAAAAUCAGAAUCUCAGUUGUCAGCUAAUUGCAGGGGCAUUUGGUUUUUUUGCUCUCCUCCCACAGGAUCUGUUGGCCAUUUCUUUGCAGGCCUUUUCUCGCAGCCCCAAGCUCUUGGGUUGGCUCUGUCGAGUGCACCCAUCUUUACGAAGCCGCACUCAGGUGCCUGUGAGCUGUCUUAGAUCCUACUG